UGUAUGAAAGGACAUUGUUGCAUAGCAACGGUGCGUGUGGAGGCCCUUUUUCUCCAUCUUGGCGGAGAAUGGAGUUACCGAGACCACAAGGGAAAAUUAGAAUGACCCCAGAGUGCUGAAUUGGGAAUGAGGAUGUCCUGUGCACAGCUGGCCUGCUGCCUCCCAGGUGUCAGGGCCGGCCCGGGAGUCAGGAGAGGCUGAGGAACCUUCCAGCCCAAGGAGCCGGACAAGCCCCCUCCCAAGGCCAUCCAGGAGCCCACCAAGAGGUGCCUCAUUAGAACAGAAGACUCUUCUGUCACCUGCGAAGUCCAAGGGAUUUAGGAGCUCUGUGUCAGGCACCCCUAUCACCCCUGUCACCCAGGAAAUUACCAGCGUUCUGAGAGCUCUGUCAGGAGCCAGGAGCAGAGGCCAAGUGUGUUCUUCUCAUUCUGUCAGUGCCACAGCCAGGGUGGCAGUUGUGCAGCCGUGUGGAUCAGCUCAGCCCGUCCUCACCCAGCCUUGUCCUUGCAAGUGAGGAGGCCAAGGCCACACAGAAAUCCUGCUCCCAAGUCACAGAUAGGCUGAUGGGUCAGAGGACAAGAUGUGACCCAGGGCCGAGAGGGGGCCAUGACACCUGCGAGGCUUUUCUCAGCAAGAUUGAGGACCGUGUUUGAGGGCGUGGGGCAUUGGGCUUUGUCCACACGGGCUGGCCUCAAGCCCAGCCGGCUACUGCCACAGCAGGCUUCUCCCAGGCUGCUCUCGGUCAGCUGUGCGGACCUUGCCAGGCAUCAGGAACUCCCGGGGAAGAAGCCACUCUCUGAGAAAAAGCUGAAAAGGUAUUUUGUGGACUAUCGGAGAGUGCUUGUCUGUGGAGGAAACGGAGGCGCUGGAGCAAGCUGCUUCCACAGUGAGCCCCGCAAGGAGUUUGGAGGCCCUGAUGGAGGGGACGGAGGCAACGGUGGACACGUCAUACUGAGAGUUGACCCACAAGUCAAGUCCCUGUCGUCGGUCCUGUCGCGGUACCAGGGUAUCAGUGGAGAAGAUGGCGGGAGUAAAAACUGCUUCGGGCGCAGUGGCGCCGUCCUCUACAUCCGGGUCCCCGUGGGCACACUGGUGAAGGAGAGAGGCAGAGUUGUGGCCGACCUGUCUUGCGUGGGAGAUGAGUACGUCGCCGCGCUGGGGGGGGCAGGAGGGAAAGGCAACCGCUUCUUCCUGGCCAACAACAACCGCGCCCCUGUGACCUGUACCCCUGGACAGCCAGGACAGCAGCGAGUUCUCCAACUGGAGCUCAAGACGGUGGCCCACGCCGGAAUGGUGGGAUUCCCCAAUGCCGGGAAGUCCUCACUGCUCCGGGCCAUUUCAAACGCCAGACCCGCCGUGGCUUCCUACCCGUUCACCACCCUGAAGCCCCACGUCGGGAUCGUCCACUACGAAGGCCACCAACAAAUAGCAGUGGCCGACAUCCCCGGCAUCAUACGAGGUGCCCACCAGAACAGGGGCCUGGGGUCCGCCUUCCUCAGGCACAUCGAGCGCUGCCGCUUUCUCUUGUUCGUGGUGGAUCUCUCUCAGCCUGAGCCGUGGACUCAAGUUGACGAUUUAAAAUACGAACUGGAGAUGUAUGAAAAGGGCCUAUCUGAGAGGCCCCACGCAAUCAUCGCAAACAAGAUUGACCUCCCUGAAGCCCAAGCCAAUCUGUCCCAGCUCCAGGAUCACUUGGGACAGGAGGUCAUCGUGCUGUCGGCGUUGACCGGCGAGAACCUGGAGCAGCUGCUGUUGCACCUGAAGGUGCUGUAUGACGCCUACACGGAGGCUGAGCUGGGCCAGGGCCGCCAGCCGCUCAGGUGGUAGCCACGCCAGAGUGGGGUCGCCUCUGGGCCUCUGAGCAAACCUGGGUGUGAACUUGGUGGCUUUGAAUGCAUAAAGGAAGUGCCUUGUGGACACGGGGGAGUUGUGGUGCUUCUGGGUCUCUGGGCCCCGCCUGCUGGCCUGGGAUGCCCUCAAGUUAGGAAGCAUUCCGUGCCCCCCACCCCGCCUGCCCUCUGUAUUUCCUGCACCUGUCAGCAUGCGCCGACUGAUUAGCCAGUUGGCUCAUUUGUGCUGAUUAACACCCCUAAUAAGGGGUUAGGAGUGCCCAUAACGGGGUGGCCCUGCCACUGACUCAGGUCUCCGCCAUGCACGCAUGGACUCUCGGGUGAGCUCAACAGAACCGCACAGCCGGAGCCCCAGGUCAGAGGUGCAGACCAGGGUUCUCAGCACAGUGCCCGUCACGCUUCCAUGGCUUGCUACGGAGAGAGACCUCUGGAUCCACAUUGGGCUUGGGUCUGGCCCAUUGUCCAGCAGCCCUGUGGUACAGCAAGCCCAGGCACCAGUGUCUUGGGGAGCCUCACAUCUGCACAAGGGGUGGGGCCAAGGAUACAAGUCCAGGCAGAGCGGCACAGACAGCUGUGAGCUUUUCUCCGUCAGCCGUCUGAGAAGAGCAGUGAGGCCAGCUUCUUCCUGUCCUUCAGAACGCUGCGCUGUGCUCAGUGGGAGCCAGGAAGCCUCAGGCUUCACGACUGAAUGCUCCCAAUAUCCGACCUGGCUGCGUGUUUCUGGCUGGGCUGCCGUGUGCACAGCGAGUUAACUAAAGGGGGUGUGGGCCAUGGAACUGUCGGCGUUAUUCCCAGAAGGCGGCCGUGGCAUGGGCAGGGUAUAGUGAGGAGUGGAAGGAGACGUGUGCCUGCUAAUAUGAGGUGGAAUUUCCACUCAGCUCCAUUUGCUGGGGAUUUAAAGAGAACCCUUGCGCUGCGCCAGGCAGUUACCAAGCCAAAGGGAGACGAUGGGCCUUCACCCCUCGGUGGGACGGCAGCUAAGGGGGCUUUGCGUUUGCCCCUGGAGACCGCAGCAUCACCUUUUCUGUCUGUCGUUUCAGUCUUUGCAGUCAAGUAUUGAUGCAUCCAAGCCAGGCCCAUGCCUGGUGUCACUCUGACUGCAGAGGGGCCACAGGGCAAGGACAGCUCAGCUGCUGGCAGCCUGCCUGUCCCAUAGACACCCCCCAAGUAGUCUCAGGCCUCUGACAUGUCCUUGAGGAGCCCCUAAGAAAGUGGAGGGGACACUCCAGAGGCUGACGUGGGAGGAUCAUGUGAGCCUGGGAGGUCGAGGCUGCAGUGAGCCAUGAUUGCACCACUGCACUCCAGCCUGCGUGACAGAGCGAGACCCUGUCUAAAAAGAAAGAAAAAAAAAAAAACAGAACAUUCUGGGCGCGGUGGUCACACUUGUAAUCCCAGCACUUUGGGAGGCCGAGUCUGGCGGAUCACGAGGUCAGGAGAUCAAGACCAUCCUGGCUAACACGGUGAAACCCCAUCUCUACUAAAAAUACAAAAAAUUAGCCAGGCGGUCACCUGUAGUCCCAGCUACUCGGGAGGCUGAGGCAGGAGAAUGGCGUGAACCUGGGAGGCGGAGUUUGCAGUGAGCCGAGAUCGCGCCACUGCACUCCAGCCUGAGCGACAGAGCAAGACUCCGUCUCAAAAAAAAAAAAAGGGGGGGACAAAGAAGCAGAGAAGGAUGAUCAGGAGGGGACCCUCAGCCCUUCGAGGAGAGACAGCAGCCUCAGGUGAGAUUAGCCGCAAGGGUCAGGCCGCUUCUCUGCACGCUGGGGUGGGGCGCACCUUGCACAGCAGGCCGGUGCCUGGACUUUGAGGAGCAAUUGCGUUUUGAUCUCACAUCAAAUCUGCAGCUAGAACAUGACGGUCCUUUUACCCGAAGCUUUAUUUUAAUGUCUUAUAAUUUCAAAGGUCCUUCUGUCCUAGAAACCAGAGAUGGGUUUUGCAUCGAUUUGCUUUUCCUUUCAGGCCACCACAAAGGAUUUUGUGGAGUCAACCGAGGCCUGACAGCGUUAAUUAUCCCUGGCUUUCAUCUUUAUGCUCUUGCAGGGAUGCUCAAGAUGCCUCGUGGCUCGACCCCUGCACGGAGCCCCCAGCCCAGCCUCCCCGUGGGUUGAAACCUUGAUCUAGGCCUGACUCUGGCUGCUCUGGGGACAUGCCCUCAUCCUUUGCUGAAGCUGAGGCUCCAGAGGGGAAGUCACUGCCAUGAAGGUUGCCCAGAACUUUCCUUGCUGCCAAAAGCCCCAACACACACACAGCUUUUGCCAUCGCGUUCUAAAAGCUGACAGCUUUCUCUCCAACACUGUUCUCCCUGAGUGGUAAAGCUACACUUGGCUUCCCCAGUUUCCUGCUUCCUGCCUAGAAACAAAUUUUUGUCAGUCUGCUUUUCAAAUGGGAUAUAUGAUUCACAUACCAUAAAAUUCACCACUUUAUAUAA